GUCAGAAUGUCAUCAUUGGCAGCAUUGAUACUGGUGUUUGGCCAGAAUCGAGAAGCUUCCGAGACAAUGGAUACAGACCAAUACCAAGGAAGUGGCGCGGCGGAUCCAAAUGUGAGCUGUUCAGUUUGUCUGGCAUUGCAAACAGAACUCUUUGCAACAGGGUUAAAUUCACACAUACAUUGUAGGAACCUUACUGCAUUCUUGAAUAACGCAAAAACAUUUAUCCCAGUAAAGCCAGCUCCAAAAGUUUCAGCAUUCUCAUCCAGGGGACCCAACUUGAUUCUGCCGUCAAUCCUCAAGCCUGAUGUAACUGCACCAGGUCAGGAUAUAAUUGCCGCUUAUUCAUCAGGGGCAAGUCCCACCAACCUAGAUUUAGAUGUAGGUCGCUUUGACUAUAACAUUCUAUCAGGAACCUCCAUGGCAUGUCCUCAUGUUGCCGGCAUUGCUGGCCUUCUCAAAAAUCGCCAUCCUACAUGGAGUCCAGCUGCUAUCAAAUCAGCAAUUAUGACCACAGCAACCACCCAGGAUAACGCCAAUGGGCCAAUUCUAGAUGAAAAUGAUGAUGAAGUAGCAACUCCAUUUCAUUAUGGUUCAGGACACAUAAAACCUAACCUUGCAAUGGACCCUGGACUUGUUUAUGAUUUGAAGGCUUCUGAUUACCUAAACAUGUUAUGUGCUUCAGCUUAUGAGGAAAGAAUAGUUGAAUCCAUUAAUAAUAAUAAGCCAUACAAAUGUCCAAGGUCUUACAGACUAGAAGAUUUCAACUACCCUUCUAUCACAUUGCCUUUUCUGAGUGUGAAACCUAUAAAUGUUACUCGCACAGUAACAAAUGUUGGGCCUCCAAGUACGUAUACUGUAAAUGUCAAAGCCCCAGCAGGAGUUGAAGUUGUUGUUCUUCCAACAACUUUGACAUUUCAGGGGACAAACCAAAAGAAGAGCUAUCAGGUUAUUUUUCAAGCAACACGUUCAGCCAAAACUUCAGAGCCUUCAUUUGGAGAGUUGACAUGGACAGAUGGCAAGCACAAAGUUAGAAGUCCUAUAGUAAUCCCUCAACAUGCAAAAAUGGCUCUGUAGAUUUCAAUGUUACCAAUCCAGUGUGUUGUGUGUUAAUCAGAUAGUGAGAGGUAGUGUUAGAGUGACUGUUUUCAGAUGUGUGGAUAUGCUGAACUAUGUUAUAAUUUAAAAAUGACGGUUCCUACCAGAAAAUAAACCCGCUAGGUCCUCCCAAGCAA